ACUUCUGACCGAGACGGGGCGGCCGGCGGAGUUAGCUGCAUUCUCAGCACAGCAGCUGAACACGCGUAUUUUAUGCCCUGCACUGGCUGCUGAGCAGCCGGACUCUACGGACGGGGACUGCAGUGAGCUGUGAGUGAGCUGAGUGAAGCCGCUGUGAAAAUAUGGAUUCGGCGAAAAGGGUCCCAUUACCAUUCAAGAUUAUUCCGCUUGAGGAUGAAGUCCAAAAGAAGAUUGCCAAGGAUUUUGCCGGCAAUCCAAACGGCCUGGUUUCAUGCAACCAUUGGGGUUUCAAGUUUUCAGCGACCGUGACUGAAAAGGAGCUGGAGGAUAUGUACAACCAUCCUCUGGACCCACGUGACGUGUGGGUGGUGACGCCUCCCAAGUGUGGAACUACCUGGACCCAGGAGAUGGUCUGGCUGAUCGCCAACGAUCUCGACUACGAGGGCGCCAAGACGCCAUUCAUUCCAGACAGAUGGAGUUUUCUCGACGUUACUGGUGUCCUCGACAAAGAUCAGAUGAUAAAGGCGGCGCCACCUGCUUCCGAAGAUGGCGCCCCCGAAGGUCCGCCAGACAUGGCGGGAGAUCCAAACCGACCCUCUCCGCGGUUCGUCAAGUCGCACCUGCCGUUUUCCCUCAAUAACCCGCGCCUUCUGGACGUCUGCAAGGUGGUCUACGUGGCCAGGAACCCCAAGGACCUGUGCGUCUCUUUCUACCAUCACAUGAGGCUGAUUCGCUUCCACGACUUUUUGGGAGACUUCGAGCUCUUCGUGGACUACUUUAUGAAAGAUCUGACGAUGGAGUCCCCCUACAUCGAACACAUGAUCGAGGCAUGGAACCUGCGUCACCACCCCAACCUCUGCUUCCUCUUCUACGAGGACAUGAAGAAGGACAUGAAGACGGAGAUCCGCAAGGUGGUGAAGUUCUUGGGUAAGGACUUCACUGACGAACAGGUGGACAAGCUGGCAGAGCAUCUGCACUUCGACAACUUCAAGAACAACCCGUGGGUGAACGCCGAGCACUUGAAGCCGCUUGGUCUGAUGCACACAGAUCGCGGCAACUUCAUCAGGAAGGGCAAGACGGGUGACUGGAAGAACUACUUCACGCCUGAAAUGAAUGAGAAGUUUGAUAAGUGGGUGGCGGAGAAGCUGAAGGGAACGGAUCUGACCUUCGUCCAGGAGCUGGAGAAGCAGGACUAGACAAAGGCGCUUCAAGCUGAUAACAAAUGCGGUAUUUGAAAAAGAAAACAUGUAUUUCUUGUGUAGCUCAAUACACAUAUACGUACCUAUAGUUUGCAUUACUACGGACGUCUUAUGCGUGACAUGGAAGGAGCGGUGUGCCAGCUGCACAAAUGUUUGAGGUUUUCACCAGGGACGCGGUGCCCUCGGAGCUACUGAGUUAUGUAUUUCUGUCAAUGACUUUAAACUACUUAACUUAAUACGAAUAAUGAUUUAUACCAUCAGUGA